GGUUCGUUUAGUGGCCCUGCUAGUGGGGAUUAUACACUAGUAAAUCGUGUGCCCGCCAGUGGGAGGUUUAUAAACGCUGGCCAUGACCUAUAGAGGAGACGUCUAUUUUGUUUCCGUACCCAUAUCGGUUUUUCGAAGUGAAACCGAGGACGGGGAAACCACGGGAAGUGACGAGUUAAAAGGCUAGCCAUAUUGUAAUUGGAUAUAAAUUUUAGAUAUGAAUCAUGAUCUUGUAUUUGGAGAUUUUAUGAUAUCAGAGUAAAUUUUAAAGAUU